CAUUCACUCUUCACAUCUCCUUCCCUCCACUUUCUUUCUCACCAAACCAAACCUACAAAACCCUCACUCGUUUCCCGUUAACCAUGAUCUACAAUCGCAAAUCUCAAUCUCAUCAAUCACAAAGUUGAAACCUUUCAAAAGUGUUCAUUGGAUAAGAUACGUAACGGCUGUAUUGACCAAAUUUCUGAUGUUGUGAUGUGUUUGGAACUAGCAUGCUUUCUGUUUUUGUCAGCAAGUGCAGACAGUUAAGGGAGUUGGAUCUGAUUGAAUCUAAAGUUGUAGAUGACAAGGUGGAUUGGGUAUCGUAUUUCCUUAGUCUUGUUAUGUAAUGUAGCAUUUUGGGUGCUAAUGUGUUUUUGGCAUACCCCUUUGUAUCUUUCUAAAUGUAAACCAAUGCAGGUUGGUGUUAAACUAAAGGUGGGGAUUAGGUUAUUACUUGCGCGGAUGGAAAUGUUCAGCUAUUGUUUAGAGUAUUAGACGAAGGAAGGUUAUCCAAGAAGGCAACUUCAUGUGCAUGUCUUUAAUGUGGCUUCUGCCACAGUACUGUUUAGUUGGCUUAGCUAAAGCUUUUAGUACAAUAAAGCAAACCAAGUUCUUUUAUUUUCAGCUCCCAAGAACCAUGCCAAGUAUUGAUGUUCCUCUGUUGUUAGGAAUAGCUGUGGCCAACUUGCUAUCCAGUGUUGUAAUGAGAGUUGUGACUGACCUUAUCUCAAGAGUCAAGAGGGAGAAAGAGAGUUGGGUUUAGAAUAACAUAAACAAAGGUUAUUUUGACUA